ACAUCCAAACCUUCAUUGGUGUUGAAUGGAAGGCUAAACAGGGGGAGUAUACGCUAACCCAGAUCCGUGAGACACUAUCCAACUCCAUCUACUACUAUCCGCCAACUCUCCUCUCUCUCCUCCCCGUCCGUUCGCCCGCUAUUCCCCCUACCCAUACCCCCUUUACACUUCAGGAUGGAAGCCUCAGCAACCACGCUCCUCAAAAUCCUCCUCCCCAAAUCACCGCUCAUCCUCAAAACGACCCUCUCCCACGCCCUCUCCCUCUCCCCCACAGCCUCAAAAUGGGACUUCCGCACCGCCCUCACCAUCACCAUCCUGCGCGACAUGCUGGGCGGGCCCAACGCCAAGCCCACUUCCAUCACGAAGCAGCAGCGCCUGACGACGAGGGACCCAGGCGUCAAGGGCAAUGUGUGGAUCAGCAAGUUGAAAUGCGAUGUGCCCCCCGAGGAUCAUGUGCGGGAGACGGUGUUCGGAGCCAUCAAAGAGAUGGGGACCGGCGACGAGGAAAAGUGGGAUGAACCGUUUGCGGCGCCCGUCGAAGGCGAGUGGACGGGUUACAGAAAAGAAGCCACGCCGCAGACCCCGGAACCGGCCCAACUCUCGGAACCGCAAAAGUACGAAGCGCUGAUGAAGGAGACGACGUCCAAAGUCACCAUCCUGUACCUCCACGGCGGAGCCAUGUACCUGCUCGACCCGGCUACGUACCGCCACGUGACAUCGCGGCUGGCGAAAGAGACGGGCGGGAGGGUCUUCAGCGUGCGGUACAGACUCGCACCGCAGAACCCGUUUCCCGCUGCCCUCCUGGACGCGCUGAUGGCAUACCUGACGCUCCUGUAUCCGCCGCCCGGCGCACCCCACGCACCCGUUCCAGCCAACGAGAUCGUCUUUGGCGGCGACUCGGCAGGCGGAAACCUGUGCACCGCUCUCCUCCAACUCUUGCUGCAGAUCCACCGCUCCGCAACCCCGGGCUCGACGCCCAAGGUCCGCUUCCACGGCGAAGCCAGGGACCUCCCGCUGCCCGCGGGGCUGGCCCUGAGUUCCCCCUGGCUGGACGUCGCGCGCUCCCUCCCCAGCAUGGAAGCCUUCGCCAAAUACGACUACCUGCCUCCGCCCUCUGCCAGCCACGCUUCCCGCUUCCCGACCUGUCCGGCAUGGCCCACGGACCCACCCAGAGCAGACCUGUACUGCGAGGGAAGUGCGUUGCUGCACCCCCUCGUAUCCCCCCUGGCGGCGAAGGACUGGUCGAAUUCGCCGCCCGUGUUUUUCAGCCUCGGCCAGGAGAUGCUGAGGGAUGAGGCCGCGGUGCUGGCUUCGCGGCUGGCGCGGCAAGGCGUCGCCGUUGUGUGGAGGGAGUUUGAAUGCAUGCCGCAUUGCUUCGCCAUGAUGCUCGAGGGAACGGGGGAGUCGAGGCUGCACUACGCAGAGUACGCAAAGUUUUGUCGGGAUGUGGUGGAGAUGAAGAAGGGGGGUGGAGAAGAGGGCGUCAAGACGAAUGGGGAGUUUAUUCUGGCCAAGACGUUGAAGAGGCAGGAGGUGGAUGUUCGGACGGGCUUGACGGAUUUGACCGAGGAGAAGGUGGACGACUUGAUGAGAAGGGGGAGGAAGAGGAUUGAGGGGAAGUUGGUGGAGGGGGAGGUGGAGGCCAGGCCGAUGCUGUGAGGAUGAAGCCGUGGCCGUUGGAGGAGUUGGUUUUGAAUUCUUGCGUCGGGUUUGACAUAUAGAUACCCAGCGUAGUUGCCG